AUGGGCUCAAGUGCCAGGAAAAAGAAGGAAAAGAAGAAGGACUUUCAGGCAUCCAUCGUCGUCAACCAACAGUCCCUUUCGGAGACAGCCCCUGAUGACGUUGCUUUAUUCAAGCAUAAUCUAUCACUAGCUACCUCCCGGACUGACAAGCAGCGGCGCGAGGCUCUUUCUCACCUCAUCAGCCAGCUCACGUCGACACCGCCAAACAACCCCGUCGGCGCAUAUGUUCUUCUCGACAAAUUGUUACCACUGAUCACGGACACUUCUUCAGCCAUCCGCAGCAGCCUCCUGAAAUUGUUCCAGGCAUUGCCCUAUUACGAAAUCCAACCUCAUGCGGACAAGGUCGUGAAAUGGGUCCGCCUGGGAAUGCUACACCUCUCGGCGGAGGUUAGGGACGACGCGCUCAAGUUCAUGGACUGGCUGCUCGAUGUCGCGGUGGAUCAGCUGCUGGACGUUGCCGGCGGGUGGACGAAGACGCUGGACGCGUUCGUGGCGAUGAUGGGCUGGAGGAACGCUUCCGCGUCAUCCGCCGCCGCCACGGGCAAAGGCUGGAGCUCGGCGCCGAAGACGACCUUUGGCGCGGACAAGGGCGGGUCUGCGUAUGCUCACCAGAUGGCGGCUCUGGCAAAGUUCAUCCAGCUGGGCCUACAGAAGCCGCCACCGGUCGAGCCGUGGACUGAUGCUCAGUACUGGGACCAGGUCUACAGAUUGCCUGAGGGGCCGAACCCGUUCGGAUAUCUGCAGCUGUUUGGCCCACCGCAGGAUGGGGAGAUUUGCGCGGACACCGAGUCAAGGCAACGUGCACUGUGGCCUUUGAGGGACUUUAUGGAUAAAAAAGCCGCCCAGGCCCGAAUGGAGGGUGGACCGGCGGGACGAGCGGCCACAGACUUGGCCAAGGCUCUUGAGGAGGGCUUUAAGGGGUAUGAGCAUGACGAGCUCGAGGAGUUGGACUGGUGA